AAACAAUGAAAACAUGUGAUGAAGACGACAUUUCUUAAUUCAAUCGAAUAUCCAUUACCAACCCCCCUCCUCCGCGAAGACACGAAAGGUUGACGAUGGCGAAGCUGUUGCUAUAGUAACCGAGACCGAGAGCAGACGGUAGUCACACCGGUGAGCGACAAACUGCGGAAGGUGUUGAGGGUUCUGAAUGUAGUGAGGGUGCAAAGGUGUAUGUAAGGAGGCUGCCAGAAGAAGGGGGUUUGGGCCGGGUCUGCUGAAAAAGAAGACAUGUCGGAGAGGAUAGCAUCGUCAUGUGGAAACCUUUAUGACACCACUUCACUCUUACUCCAGUACUGCAAUGAUGACAACCUAUCAGCAGGCAGCACGAUGGAGGUGGAUGACCGCCUGUCCCACCUGGAGCAACGUGUCCAGCUGCAGGAGGAUGAGAUCCACCUGUUGAAGGCGGCGCUGGCCGACGCCCUGCGCAGGCUGGGGUGCUGUGAGGAACUGACCCAGCCCGGGUCAGGAGCUGUUGGGAGGAGGCCCAAUGUGACGGCGCCGACCAAGGUACGCCAACUCCUGCAAGCCUUACCAUCCAAGCCUCUCCCCCUCAGCAAUGGUUAUGCCCAGCCAAAGCGUAUGGGGGGAUAUCCCUCCUCACCAUCUUCUCCUAAAAAGGAAGCGUUGCUGUCCAUCAAAAGAAAGAGCAUGUCAACAGAGCGUCUGUCUACAGUCAGGAAAGACAUGGCUUCUGACAGCAGGAGCAGAACCACCUCGUCCAGCAGCUCUACCUGUGGCAGGAGCAGCAAAGAAUGUUCCGUCAAUGCAGACGACGGCUACGUGAGGAUGUUCCUGAGGGGUCGGCCUGUUACCAUGCACAUGCCGGACAAGCAGAGGGAGGGCUACAGCCUGGACCACAAGGGGGCGCUACCUGAGCACAAGCUCAAACUGCAGUGGGUUUAUGGGUACCGGGGCAGAGACUGCCGCUCCAAUCUCUACCUGCUCCCAACUGGGGAGAUUGUCUACUUCAACGCCUCUGUGGUUGUGCUCUACAACGUGGAGGAGCAGCAGCAGAGACACUACCUGGGCCACAACGAUGACGUCAAAUGCCUAGGCGUCCAUCCGGACAUGGUCACCAUAGCCACUGGACAAGUCGCUGGAAUGUCCAAAGAUGGCAAGCUGUUAGAGGGAAAGCUGUUGCCUCCUCAUGUGCGCGUGUGGGAUUCGGUCAGCCUCACUACCCUGCAUGUCAUCGGGAUGGGCGUGUUCGACCGGGCCGUCACCUGUGUGGCCUUCUCAAAGUCGAACGGUGGUGCUCACCUCUGUGCCGUCGACGACGCCAAUGACCAUAUCCUAACUGUGUGGAACUGGCAGAAAGAGAAGCAGCUGGCGGAUGUGAAGUGCUCCAACGAUUCUGUGCUGGGCGCAGCCUUCCACCCGAUGGACGCCAACCUGAUUGUCACCUGUGGGAAGUCCCACUUGAACUUCUGGACCACGGAGGGGAACACUCUAACCAAGCGCCAGGGACUCUUUGAGAAAAAUGAGAAGCCCAAGUAUGUGCUGUGUGUGGCCUUUGCCCAGAAUGGAGACGCCAUUACAGGAGACUCUAGUGGGAACAUCUACGUCUGGGCCAAAGGAGGGAACCGGAUUAGUCACGUCGUGGCAGGGGCCCAUGAGGGCGGUAUAUUCUCCCUUUGUGUGCUGAAGGAUGGAACUCUAGUGUCAGGCGGGGGGAAGGACCGCAGACUGAUGCUCUGGGACCAUGAGUAUCACAAGCAGAGUGAGAUGGAGGUACCUGAGGCGUUCGGGCCAGUGAGAGCCGUGACAGAGGGGAAGCAGGGCGAGCUGUUUGUUGGGACCACCAAGAACGCCAUCCUCAAAGGCUCAUUCCCUGAAACACUUAACCCCUUAGUGCAGGGUCACACAGAUGAGCUAUGGGGCCUUGAUGUGCAUCCCUCCAUGGAGCAGUUUGUGACAUGUGCUCAGGAUAAGCAGGUCCACCUAUGGGACACCAGCUCCCAUCAACCUCUCUGGAGCAAGACCAUCGAGGACGGGGGGCGCUCUGCAGGGUUCCAUCCCAGUGGAUCUGUUCUGGCAGUCGGGACCAUGACAGGAAGGUGGUUGGUGCUGGACACUGACACCCGGGACCUGGUCUCCAUGCACACGGAUGGCAACGAGAUCAUCUCUAAUGUCAAGUACUCUCCAGACGGCAAGUUCCUUGCCAUAGGUUCCCAUGACAACUUUGUUUACAUCUAUGCCGUGACAGAGAAUGGCAAGAAGUACAGCCGUGUUGGCAAAUGUACUGGUCAUUCCAGUUUCGUCACCCAUCUGGACUGGUCGGUCAACAGCCAGUACAUUGUAACUAACUCAGGGGACUACGAAAUCCUAUUCUGGGAAGCUUCCAGCUGCAAACAUGUGACAAACAUGGAUGUAGUCCGUAAUAUGGAGUGGGCGACCUCCACUUGUGUUCUGGGCUUCAGCGUUUUUGGUGUUUGGCCCGAUGGUGCUGACGGUACAGACAUCAACGCCGUGUGCAGGUCACAUGACGCCUCCCUGUUGGCUUCUGCUGAUGACUUUGGCAAGGUGCACUUGUUCUCCAACCCCUGCUCUCAGCCACGGGCCCCGAGCCAUGUCUACGGUGGCCACAGCAGUCACGUGACCAAUGUUGCCUUUCUCCAUGACGACAGUCACCUGAUCUCCACCGGAGGGAAGGACACCAGCAUCCUCCAGUGGGUGGUCGCCUAAGCAACCCGGCUGCAUCAGUCUCCGCCUGUUGCCUCCUGCCCACCAGAGGGCAGCACUGCUGUGCCUAUGAUAACACCAACCUCUAACGGCCUUCGCUCAGCGCUCUUGUCUGUCUUGGUGUACUGUUACAGUCCUGACGUGCCGCUAGGUGGGGGGGAUGACUUCAGAAUUAGCAUGCUGAGACUAUUUAAGGCUAUUUAAACAGAGUUGUAGCUCCUAUUUAUGUUGCAGAGGUCUAUAGAGGUAUAUUAUGCAGUUUGUCACAGUGGCUGUAGUAUUUUAAUAUUUAAUGUGGUGUGGUCCCUAGCACCUGAUGCAUAUUUAGAAUUGAGCUUUAGGCUGUGCUUUGCCUUUUUUGUUUUGUUAAUAAAGUUUCUAACCAAAA